AUGUUACAUACUACACUGAUCACAGCAGCAAGAGGAGGGUGAAAGAAAUGAAUUAGUACAAAGUAAAACUGGUUUAGACUGAAGACUUUUAUGUAACUUUUUAAGUGAACAAAGAGAACAACACUUCAUGAAGAGAAAGUGAUGUGCACCGUAAAUGGUGGGCACAAGUUAAAACUGCCGCAAUAGACACACACCACUGUACCAAGAAGACGACAACUGCAUUGACAAUAACCAUUGUUAACCAAACUUUGACAUGCUGUCAAACAGCUCUUUCAUCCAUCUCACAGCCUCAGAACUCAAUAAUUCAUGCUCAUUGGAAGAAGAUGCCCAGCAUGUGCCAUUUGCUGUGCUCUAUUCUCUCAUCUUCUUAUUUGGCUUGGCAGGGAACCUGCUGGCUCUCUGGGUCUUUAUUUUCCUUCACUCACGCCGCAACUCUGUCCGCAUCUUCCUCAUCAACGUGGCUGUGGCUGACCUAGUGCUUGUAGCCUGCCUGCCAUUCCGCAUCCUCUACCACAUGCUGGGCAACUAUUGGCCUUUAGGGUCUAGGAUGUGCAAAAUUGUUGGCAACCUCUUCUAUAUGAACAUGUAUGUAAGCAUCACCCUGCUGGGUUUGAUCAGCCUGGACCGCUAUGUCAAGAUACAAGGUUUGCCAAGAACAUGGGCAUCCUGCUGCCACCACUGGCUAAAGGGGAACAGAUGGAGUGUGGUAGCAUGCAGUGUAUUGUGGAUUGCCUCACUUCUAGCUGUGGUGCCUAUGAUUGCACUGGCUGAGGGCAACGAGGAGCAGGGGAAAUGUUUCCAGUACAAGUCUCGAAGACAGGCACGUGGUAAGGCGUACUUUAACUUAUUGAUGGUGGCUGUUUUCUGGUUGGUGUUUUUGCUUCUGGUGGUGUCAUAUGGGCGGAUUGCCCGGCGCCUAUUGCAAGCAUCCCAUGACAAGCCAGACCUGCCUAAUGCAGGCCACUACACCCGAGCUGCUAAAAAGUCAUUUGUGGUACUUUUCUUGUUCACCAUCUGCUUUGUGCCUUACCAUGCCUUCAGGGGAGUCUAUGUGCAUUCUCAACUUACGGAGACCCCUUGUGAGAUGCGCCGUCUUAUAGACCGUGCCAAUGAGUUUAUGUUGCUCCUUUCAGCACUCAACAGCUGCCUGGACCCAGUCAUGUACUUUGUGUUAUCAGCUUCAGUGCGCAAGGCCACAUUAAGUGCUAUUUCCCGGGUGUUCUGCAUGUUCAACCAAUUGACAGUCAACAGCUCAACCACAGAGUUUCAACGGGCAUCUGUGUCCCAGGUCUCCACUGCCACACUAGCUAAAAACCACGGAACUGCAUACCCUUUAAUAAUGACCACCUAUCCUGAAGACAAUCCAUAAGCUUGCCUUUAUAUAAACAUAGGCACAUUAUGUGGAAGCAUGCAGAGGCCUGACCAUCACACCCACUAUUGCUUGGUGGAUAUAUCAUUCCUAUGUCUUCACUCUUCAGGGAGGAAUUUCACUAGAUUAUUCACAGCUGUAACUGAUGGGCAAGAAAUCUUGUGCAGCUUGUGUUAAAAUUCAUCCCUAGGGUGUUGCAUGAGAUUAAGGAAAGGGCUCUGUUAGGCCACUUGAUUUCUACCACACCGACUUUGGGAAACAACGUCUUUAUAGACCUCACUUGUGCACAGUGGGCAUUGUGCUGGAACAGAUUGGUGACAACAGUUUGUGACACACACGGGUAUGAUGAUCAGCUGUAUACAUGCAUCUGUCUGUACUCGAGAAUAUAAAAGCCUUUACAUGAAAGACUAGAACAGGUGGAUUAUGGUAAGAAAUUAGUGCUCAGUUAAUCCUGAAUCAGAGCUUUCUUUCUGUUAAAAUUUGAAAUGGUUUAAAACGUACAAAAAUGUAUUACUGAGGGCACACAAUCAAUUCUGAGUCAUUGAUUCACAACAACCAAAACUGUAUUUAAUAAAUAAAUAAAUAAAUAAAUAAAUAAAUAAAUAAAUAAAAACA